AUGCAGUUAGUGGAUCCGUACGCUAGAGAGCAGUCUGAUUUGCGCUACACUCUGGAUAAGGCUAAAGUUAACUUCCGGCCACAGCAGAGCGCCUGUCUGACAAAACAGGCUGGUGUAGCUAUUGGUCGACUAUGUGAGAAAUGUGACGGAAAGUGUGUCAUCUGUGAUUCUUACGUUAGGCCCUGUACACUGGUCCGUAUUUGUGAUGAAUGUAACUACGGCUCGUACCAGGGGCGCUGUGUGAUCUGUGGAGGCCCAGGAGUCUCUGACGCCUACUACUGUAAAGAGUGCACGAUCCAAGAGAAGGAUAGAGAUGGCUGUCCCAAGAUCGUGAAUUUGGGCAGCUCCAAAACAGACCUCUUCUAUGAAAGAAAGAAGUACGGCUUUAAGAAGAGGUGA